AUGGAGCCUCUGAACAGCACGCACCCCAGCACCGCAGCCCCCAGCGGCCACCUCGUGUCCCACGUGCCGGGCAGCGGGAGCAGCAACGGCAACGAGUACUUCUACAUUCUGGUCGUCAUGUCCUUCUACGGCAUCUUCUUGAUCGGAAUCAUGCUGGGCUAUAUGAAAUCUAAGAGGCGGGAGAAGAAGUCCAGCCUGCUGCUGCUGUACAAAGAUGAGGAGAGGCUCUGGGGGGAGGCCAUGAAGCCGCUGCCCAUGGUGUCGGGCCUGAGGUCGGUGCAGGUGCCCAUGAUGCUAAACAUGCUGCAGGAGAGUGUGGCGCCCGCCCUGUCCUGUACCCUCUGCUCCAUGGAAGGCGACAGCGUGAGCUCCGAGUCCUCCACACCGGACGUGCACCUCACCAUCCAGGAGGAGGGGGCGGAUGAUGAGCUGGGGGAGACCUCGGAGACGCUCCUCAACGAAAGCAGCGAAGGCUCCUCGGAGAACAUCCAUCAGAAUUCCUAG